AUGUCUUCGUCACGUCCAAGCGGUGGUCGAAAUUUCACGGACGCAGAAUUGGCCAGAUAUCUGAACUAUGAUGCUGUCAUUAGUGAUAGCGAUGGAGAAACUGAGGGGAGUGAAACUGAGGAUUAUUUGGAGGUUGAGGAUUCUGAACAAACUGAUGAAGACGACGAGCCAAUGGAGGCAGAUCUAUAUCUUUUAGACGACCCGCUGUCGGCCGUGGACACUCACGUGGGCAAACACCUAAUAUCCGAGUGCAUCACCGGGCUCCUACAGAACACGACACGCAUCCUAGUAACACAUCAGCUGCAUCAUCUCAAGGCUGCCGACAAUAUCAUAAUUCUACGCAAUGGGGAAAUUGAAACUCAAGGCACCUUUGAUGAAGUAUCCCGUUCACCGUUAUUCGAAGAACUGCUGGAAGAAGAUGAACAACCUGAGGCUGAAGGGCGAGCACAACUUCUGCGACAGCGUACUAUGUCUAUAAAGUCGCACAUCAGUGUCAACAGUACGGUUGCAGAAUACGGCAAUGAAAAUGAGGAAGAACCCGAAGAAACCGCCGAGCUCAUAGAAAAAGGGCGCGUGUCCGGGUCCGUGUACGUGAAGUACUUCCGCGCGGGCGGCAGCUGGGCGCUGCUGACUCUCAUGCUCGUGUCCAUUUUACUGGCACAGGCUGUAACCUCCAUCAGCGACCUCUGGCUCACGCAUUGGAUGAACGAUGUGGAAACGAAAUACUUACGAUUCGAAGACGAGAAAUUCAAUGCAAAUUACACGAGCACCAACAACGAUACAAACGUAUUCAACGAGACAACGGAACCACUAAUGCUGGAUGAUGCAACCGCUGACCCAACUUCACCAACGACAAUGAAUCCAAACCUUACCGUCAUAGGCACAAUGGUUAAAGCAGCACUAACUAUACAGAAUAUUACUGUAGGGGAGGAACCAUUUGAACAUUCUUAUUAUAUAUACAUUUGGGCGAGUGCUAUACUUGGAUGCAUAUUGCUUACAACUGAAAGAUCUCUGCUGUUUCUUUGGAUAUGCAUGCGCAGUUCUAUUAAGUUGCACAAUUCAAUGUUUAGUAACAUUCUUGCGGCCACAAUGCGCUUCUUUGACACUAACCCAUCAGGACGCAUUCUAAACCGAUUUUCCAAAGACAUGGGCAUUGUUGAUGAGAUACUACCGAGAAUGUUCUUGGACAGUGUGCAGGUGUUUAUGGUUAUGCUGGGAAUUUUAGUAAUGGUGGCCAUAGUGAACCCGUACAUGUUGCUGACGACCGCUGUCUGCGGCGUAUUUAUGUACAUGUGGACUAUGGUUUAUCUCAGCACAGCGCAAGCUGUUAAGAGAGUAGAAGGAGUGUCUCGAAGUCCCGUAUUCUCACACGUAUCGGCCAGUAUGGCGGGUCUGACCACAAUCCGCGCGAGCAAUGCUCAAGAGAUGCUCCGUGUACAAUUCGACGACAAACAAGACGUGCACACGGCAGCAUGGUACUUGACACUAACAUCAAACACCGCUUUCUCGAUAUGGUUAAGUCUCAUAUCGGCCGUCUAUGUCAUCGUUGUGGCCUAUACGUUCCUUUUGUUGGAUGAUGGUACAACGAAGUCAGGUAACGUAGGAUUGGCACUGUCUCAAGGCUUGAUCCUUGUGAACAUGGUGCAAUACGGCGUCAAGCAGGCGACGGAGGUGGUAUCUCAGAUGACAAGUGUAGAGCGCGUGUUGCAGUUCACGUCGCUGCCGCAGGAGCAGACGGCCGGCCCGGCGCCACCGCCCGGCUGGCCGCAGCGCGCCCGGCUCGUCUUCAAGGACCUUUACCUGCGUUACGACAUGGAAGCCGAACCGGUACUGAAGAAUCUAAACAUUGUCAUCGAGAGCGGUUGGAAGGUCGGUGUCGUGGGACGUACGGGCGCGGGUAAAUCAUCGCUCAUAUCAGCUUUGUUUCGCCUGGCACCCAUUGAUGGCCACGUGUACAUCGACGAUGUCGACACCGGCGAAAUUGCUCUCAAGGAGCUUAGAUCCAAGAUCGCCAUCAUUCCUCAGGAGCCGGUGUUGUUCUCCGCCAGCUUGCGCUACAACAUGGAUCCAUUUGACAAGUACACUGAUGCCGACAUAUGGCAGGCGUUAGAACAGGUGGAGAUGAAGCAGAGCGUGACGUCUCUGUCGGCGGCGGUGGCGGCGGGCGGCGCCAACUUCAGCGCGGGCCAGCGCCAGCUGCUGUGCCUGGCGCGCGCCGCGCUCGCGCGCAACCGCCUGCUCGUACUCGAUGAGGCCACCGCCAACGUCGACCCCAAUACUGAUGCCUUAAUCCAGAAGUCAAUACGCAAACACUUCGCCGAGUGCACAGUGAUAACGGUGGCUCAUCGAUUGCACACUGUCGCCGACUCCGAUCGAGUCGUCGUCAUGGAAGCCGGUCAGAUUGUGGAAAUAGGUCAUCCACACGAGUUGCUACAGAAAAGUGACGGCUACUUCACCCGCAUGGUGAAGCAAUUGAGCCCCGCCUCGGAGAAGAGUCUGAGGGAUCUAGCUAGCAAUGCCUACGCACAACACAUCAGAUACGUGGACGCCGAAGAACAAGGCCAAUCUAUUAAAUAA